CGGCCACUCUGAGCCGCCCGGAACAACGGAACAGAAUAUUGUUGACAACUGUGGCUUGUCAGCAAACUUCUCCAGUUUUCUGAACAAUGAAGCUGUCUACAUUAGUUUGGCUUGGCUUUGUAGUGGUUUCGGUUGGUUAUCGUGAGUACUAGCGAACUACUGAGCUAAUGAGCUGGGUUAGUUAGCCGGUAGGUUAACCGAUUUGACUCAACGCUACAGAGCAUCUGUAGCUUGACGUUAGCUAGCUAGCAGAGCUCAGCUACACAAUUAGCAGAAGCAUGGGCGAUGGCAGUGUCAUUCCUAGGCUCGGCAACAUGAAGGCGUUGCUUGGAAUAGUUGCUGGAGCUGGAGCUUCUUAUGGGUUAUACAAACUUAUCAGCGGAGGAAGCUUCAAAAGAAAUAAGAAAAGUGCCACCAGUGAAAGUCCUAGUGUCAGGAGCAAUCAGCCCAGUGAAGUGACCCUGCAGCCGGGAAGCCUGCUGGCUAAAGUGUCUGGACUGGAUGUUGUCUGCCCCCGACCUACGGAUGUUGCAUCAGGUGGCAUCAUCCACCAGUCCCCUGGCAACCUGGAGCCACAGCACCUGAAAAUGCUGCUGUCAUGUCUGCAGACCAGCAAUAAUUCAUCUGACAGAUGUCGGAUUAUGGUUACGUUAGGAAACGCUGCUGCCUUCACUGUGAAUCAGAAUCUAAUACGGGAAUUUGAAGGGAUUCCUGUCAUAGCAGGUUUCCUCUCUGAUCCUGCAGCAGAGGUUAGAGUGCAGACGCUGAAUGCUUUAAAUAAUCUGUGUAUGAACAUCCAAAACCAGGAGCAACUAAAGGUUUAUGUGCCGCAAGUGCUGGAACUGAUUGAGAUGUCACCAGUGAAUUCUGACCUUCAGCUUGGUGCUCUCAGGCUGCUGACAAACCUUUCAGUCACAGACAAACAUCAACACUUGCUGAAAGAAUCCAUUACACUUUUACUGUCUCUACUUGUGGUGAGCAAUGAAGCAUUACAGGUUCAGGCCUUGAAAGUCCUUGUGAAUUUGUCCUCUAAUCCAGAUAUGAUGGAUGACAUUGUUCAAGCUCAGGCUCCAGCUUCUGUUGUGCUACUGUUUGACGCACGAACAGCCUCUACGGUGCUUCUGCGACUGCUGACAUUUGCAGGAAACUUACAGGCUUGGAGGCCCUCGGCUCAAGUAGCUGAUGAACUGAGGCGGAAGCAGGAUUGCCUCUUCCGGGUCAUGUUAGAUGAAUCCUCCCAGCUCCACAGCAGACUGGUCCAGCUCCUUUCACAUCCUGAUGGGGAAAUUCAGGCCCAGGUGGCUCGUAUCUUGACAUAGACCUCUAUCUGGAAUUUUGAUCCAUGCAUAGCUUUUGCUUCGACACACUUUGCCAAAGCCAUCAACCUAUCACUCUUCAAAUUAGAUUAUAAAUCUGUUGACAUUAACCUUAUAAAAGAGCAGGCUGUGUAGCUUCCUGUGGAUACUCAGCUUAAACUCCCUCAAUCUCUAUACAUAGAGUAUUCCCCAGAUCAAUAUUAUCAUCACACAAAACUAAAUGAUUUGUUCCACCUCAUCAGCCACUUUUCUCUGAUUUCCAGUCACUUACACUAUAAGUAACUGAUGAGCAGCGAGUAAACAGGAAGCAGGGAGAAACCAUUCAUUCAGUAGAUUAUAAAAACAGGCCACCUUUCCAUGUUUUGUCCUGCCACCAAGAGUUUUCAUCACAUUGCCAGAGACUAUUUUCCUUCAAAUAUCCACAGUGCCCUUUCUUCUGGGACUUUCACCUACUUUCUCUGAAGAUAUUUUCCAGGUGAAAUUUCUGAACCCAAACCCACUGCCAAAAGUUUUCUAGAGAAUGUGUCCAUGUGACUUGUGCAGCAUGAGACAAUACACUACCUUUCUGUGGUUCAGAGAGACACCUAUCAAGAGAAUUGAAGAGGUUUCUCGCUGCACUCCUCAGCAUGCCUCAGAGACACCAGUGAAUGGGUGUACGACAGCUCCAAUCCUCGCUGAUUUAUUUACAUGUUAGAUUUAAAGAUCAAUCUUAUUCCAUUGAAAGCAAGCGCUUUUAUCUAUGUAUUUAAUUUGAGGAAGUGCAUCAUGAUUUUAGAAGAGCCAAAGUGAGGUUACCCUUCAGACCGGUUGGUACCACUUUCUGUGAUUCUGUGAUAAGAUGAGGGGUUCAGUGUAUCUGGAAGAUUUUGAAGUUGAAACACUGCCUUCCCUGCAUUUUAAAAGAGCUAGUUGAGGUGUUAAGGACAAUUGUUAAGGAGGCCACCUGGGUAAACUUUGCCUUUGAAGGUACACCAUCCAAAACUGCCUGGACGGGUUGAUCUGGGAUGUACUGGUGUUGUUGAUUGUCUCAACUGGCCUGCAAAUCCUCCAGGGAAGAGCUUGAGGAAGUUGCACGGGAAAAAGGAUGUCUGGACUGCUACUAUUGUUUUAUAUCUACCACAACAGUCAGAGAGCUUGAAAAUAGAUGGAGGAGUCGUUGACCAUGGGCAAAACAGUAGUGGUAAUAGCCAUGUUAACUGUUUGUGAAAAAAUGUUAUGCAUAUGGUUGCUGAAUGACAACAGUGAUUGAAUGUUAAAUACAAGCCUUGUUAUGUUAAGUUAUGCACUUACUGUAAUAAGACAGGAUGUAAGUGACAGAUGUGCAUGUUUAGAGGAGGAGGACUGAAGCUGUGGACACAUCUGUUCACUUGUUAAACACUAUUUACAGAAACAGGGAUGGGUGUAAGUGCAUACCUCUAAUUUGCAUGAAAAAUGAUCUCAGAAUAUGAUUUUUAAUGCAAAGAUUUUAUAGCAUGAGCCAGUCCAGGUGUAUAGAAAUGCUGCACAUUUUUGAUGUUUGGACACUGACUUUAUUUAACCCAAAUCCUAAAUAUGUCUCAGGCAAUAUCGUUUACCAGAACAGAUACCGUGAGAGGUUGAUUUACUUGUUACCUAGAUUAUCAUAUUUAUUUAAAGAAGUUAGUCAGCAAUUUGCCUAUAAAAUGAGAAAUGUGUUUGUUAUGUGUAUUUGAAUGGUUCAAUAAAU